UCCCAGUUCUGUGUGCCGUUGCGAGGGGUCCUUGAUCUUGUUCUCAUCACCAUCAUCUGAAAGCUACUAGCAGACACUGUAGCGCUGGUAAAAGAUAUGGAGUAGCAUGCACGCGUUUGGGCAUUAUUUUCUUCCAUUACCUUUGAUGGAUGUGCACGUCCAUAGGAAUAUACAUACAUCGCACGACUGAGGAUCCGUCCCUUGCUGAGACAUGGCUUCUGACAACACACAGCGCAGCUACUCCAUCAUCCCAUGCUUCAUCUUCAUAGAGCUGGUGAUAAUGGCAGGGACCGUCCUGCUGGCCUACUACUUUGAGCUGACCGACACGUUCGGCAUCCACGUCCAGGGGUUCUUCUGCAACGAUGCUGACCUGAUGAAGCCAUACCCCGGGGUGGACGAGAGCAGCUUCAUCCCUCCCCUCAUCCUCUACUGUGUGGUCGCCGCUGCUCCCACCACCAUCAUCUUCAUCGGAGAGGUAUCCAUGUACACCAUGAAGUCCACACGGGCGGUGCUACUAACCCAGGAGAAGACCAUGGUGACGGGGGAAUGCUGUUACCUGAACCCCCUUAUCCGGAGAAUCAUCAGGUUUAUCGGUGUGUUUGCGUUCGGUCUGUUUGCAACAGAUAUCUUUGUAAAUGCGGGCCAGGUGGUGACGGGGAACCUGGCGCCGUACUUCCUGUCUGUGUGUAAGCCCAACUACACGGGCACCGAGUGUCGCUUCAACCACCAGUUCAUCUCCAACGGUAACAUCUGUACCGGCAGCCCGGUCGUCGUGGAGAAGGCUCGGCGCACCUUCCCUUCCAAAGACGCCUCGCUCAGCGUCUACUCAGCUGUCUAUGUCACGAUGUACAUCACUAGCACCAUAAAGACCAUGAGUAGCCGCCUGGCCAAACCGGUGCUGUGCCUAGGUACCCUGUGUACAGCCUUCCUCACCGGGCUCAACCGGGUCUCGGAGUACCGGAACCACUGUUCUGACGUCAUCGCUGGGUUCAUCCUUGGUAGCUCUAUCGCUCUCUUCCUGGGUAUCUGUGUGGUGAACAACUUUAAAGGAGCUCACUCCACCCCCACCAAACAGAAGACUGAAGAUUACCGCGGUCUCCCCCUAAUGACCUUCCCCCGCGUCCAGAGCCCCCUGGAGACACUCAGCGCACAGGUAUCCACUUAACACACCUGGUACACUAU